CAUCUUAUAAAAAAUCCUUUGAAGGUAGCACAGAGUCAGUAUAGUAAACUUGCUGCUGGUAUUGAGCUCGUGUGAUAGGUAAUACACGCAGUGACUGCAAUUAGAACCUUAAAACACAACUAUCAGGACUUUGGAAACUUUGCAGGACUAUCUUCUACCAGCUAACUCCGACUGCGUCAAACAUGAACCCCACGCUGUUCGUGCUCGUGUUCCUGGUGUCUGCGGCAGCCGCUGAGUCGGUAAGUGACGCAGCAGAGCAACGUGUUUUUUCUGAAGUUGGCGCAAUGUAGGGGGUGGGGAAAUCUGCCAUUUCUUUUCAUUUGAAUACAAAGUUGCUGUGUGUGGUUGUUGGGGUGUCUUUUUUUUUUUUUGUUUUUUGUUUUUUGUUUGUUUUUUAACGAGGUGUCCCUAUGGAUUAUGGAGCCGAGUGGUCCACAUUGCACGCAUUCCAAUGGAGGCCAAUCCUUUAAUCAUAGUAAUAGGAUCCUGCGUAGUACAACCUCCUCUGUAUCAAGGAAUGAGAUCCCCUUUUUAGUUAUGUCCCUCUACAUUCCACGUUUCCUCCAAAAACAACCAAAAAAAAAAAACUUUUUUUUUUUUUUUUUUUAAAUUCUUUAUAUCUAGGGGUUUUAUAACUAAACACAAUUUAUAUUUGAGUGCACUGAACACCGGAAAAUAGUCAAGUUGUACUGGAAUGUGUGGAUUUUUUUUUAUUUUUCAUUCAGUUCUUUCAGCAUAAACUUUCUAUUUGGGUUUAAUUUCGCAAUAGUUUUGUAUUUAUUUGGAUAAUUGUAGUCCUGGUUUGCUUCCUUUUUUUAAAUUUUUUUAUUUUUGUAGUCUUUGGUUAAUAAACGUCUUUAUUUCCGUUACUAAGUGAAGCUGACAAAAGUUAACUUUUAUGAUUUGAUAUAUACCUUGGCCAUUAUUCUUAUUUUCAGGAAUGCUAAACAAGAGGCUCCAUUUAAACCAUGUCUGCCUCUAGUCCCCACUCCUUAUCUGAGAUAGAGCGUGGAACCCUGACCUGUCUUAUUGUUAUGGGAGAAUUCCAUCACCUUUCUGAUGCAUGAGAUGCGCUUGGUUAAUGAUCUGUGGGUAAAGUUUUUGCUAGACAUUAUUUUGCUUCUGUUUGUCCCAAGCCUUCUGCUUUUUCGACGGUUUUGUAGCUUUUCAAGUUAAAAUAUGGCUUUAAUGUGACAAACUAUUGUAUGGGGCUUGAAUGACAAACACUACCCAAAAUAAUUCUGUUGGAGCAUCUGACAAAAUAAGAUGGUGUAAAAUGCUGCACCCAAUUUAUUUACAAGUGUAGUCUUGUUAAUGGAACUCUUCGCAAGGCAUCCUUAAAGGAUCACUAUAGUCACCAGAACCACCACAGCUUAAAGGACCACUAUAGUGCCAGGAAAACAUACUCGUUUACCUGGCACUAUAGUGCCCUGAGGGUGCCCCCACCCCCAGGGUCACCCUCCAGCCAGGCUCUAGUGGGAGGAAGGGGUUAAACUUACCUCUUUUUCCAGAGCCAGGUGGGGGACUCUCCUCCUUCAUAGCGACGUCAUCGGCUGAAUGCACAUGCGCGGCAGGAGCUGCGCGCGCAUUCAGCCAGUCCAUAGGAAAGCAUUCUCAAUGCUUUCCUAUGGACGCUGGCGUCUUCUCACUGUGAAAAUCACAGUGAGAAACGCGGAAGCACCUCUAGCGGCUGUCUGAGACCACCAUAGAGGCUGGAUUAACCCGAUUUAUAAACAUAGCAGUUUUCUCUGAAACUGCUAUGUAUGUGUUUGUGUGUAUGUAUGUAUGUAUGUAUGUAUGUAUGUAUAUUUAAAAAAAAAAUAAAAAAAUAAAAAUAAAAAAAAAAGUUAAACCUAGCUGGACCUGCACCCAGACCAAUUCAUUAAGCUGAAGUGGUCUGGGUGCCUAGAGUCGUCCUUUAAAGUAAUGGUUCUGGUGUCUAGCUUAAUUUGGUUCAACAGCAAAAACAUGUGAGGAAGGCUGAACUUGAUGGACGCAAGUCUCUUUUCAACUAUAUAAUAUAGCAUGUUCGUGCAGUAUUGGCCCUAUCGACAUUGCCUUUUCAAAGAAAAUUGAGUAUUUAUAUUGCUGGCUAAUAACCUCUCUAGUGGCCGUAACUAAGAAGGCCACUAGAGGAUCUUCCUAAUCUUGUGCAGCACCAAGUGACAACUCUCCAUAGAGGCAUUGAUUUUAAUGUAUCUAUAAGGAGAUGCUGACUGGGCCAGUCAGGCUUUUGCUGCACAUGUGCAAUAAGGGAAAGCAUUAGACUGACAGAUCAAGAUUAGUGCCUUGUCACUAGGGCAAAACCAGAGGGAUCCUGGUUCCGGUGAGACUGGCGCAGGAGAAAAGCGGAAAAUUGCCUUUACUAUAGAGGGGCCAUCACCUAAACGGCUAUCUACCUCCUAUAAAAAGAUUAUGUAAUGUAACACUUAAAACAUUUUUCAUAUAUAAUCUAAUUUUACUUAAUAGCUGUACACUCCAGAUGUCUGGAGUGACUUAAUUUUAAGAUUCCCAUACGUCAUGGGAUAUUGGUGUUGCAAUAUGUAUUGCGUAAUGUCAAAAGCAAAUCCUUUCCUUUUCCCUCCACAUCCAAAUAUGGACUUCCCCUCCCUCCCUCCCUUUUUUUUUUUUUUUUUUCUUCUUUCACCCACCUCCUUUUUUACCAAUACGUAAUCUUAAAGUUUUUCAAGUUGCUAAAGUCUGGAGACUUACUUGCUGGAUUCUGUGUAGUUUCCUUGUCACAAAACUGCUUUUGAUUUUGUUUAGCUCUGAUAGUGUUUGUUGGAAAUGUAUUUUUAUUUUUUCUCCUUUCUAUACUGCCUGUAGUUGCAAUUUCUAUAAGUUAAUGUGAAAUCUGGAGGACACUGCAGUAUUAAUUGCUUUAUUAAGAUUUAAAACCAAGAUCUUGCAUCUGGCUGUGUUCCAUUUGGAUGCAGUGGAGUAGAGACGUUCUGCAUUUCCUUUGACAUAUGCUCCAGUGCUUCUUUAGACACUUAAAUGGCACCAGCUAAAAUCACCAGGACUUUUAAAGUCAGUUUGCCAUUUCAAAAAGAAAUACUCAUAGACUGGGGCCCAUUUAGGGGAAUUGUUUUGUCUGCAAUCGCUCAUUUACACAUAAAUGACUUUUUUUUUUUUUUUUUCUUUUCAUCUGUCAUGCUCUCUAUAUGUUAAAGUGAUAUCAAACAGGCACAAAAUUAAUUCUGAAAUAUAAUCUGUGUGUGUGUGUGUAUUCUGCUAUCAUUGUGUUUUUUUUGUGUUGCGUAUGUUAUUGAUAAACUGAAGCUUGACCUCUGGAUACAAAAGGAACAGGUUUUGUUACUUCUUAAAGAUUUACAGGUGGGUAGGUACGUUACAUAGUAGUGUUGCUUUAGAAAGAGAGGAAAAAAGAAAGUUUCUAAAGUCGUGUGUGGUGUUUUUUUUUUAUUUUAUUUUUUUGCGGUUUGAUAUCUAACUUUUGUGUGGCUUUCUAAAACUACACUUAAAUCUGAUUUGCAUCAAUUUAUUUCUCUCUAAAAAGCAAAUUUUUUAUCUACAUCUAUGCUUUAGUUGUGUCUACAUCAUCAUGGCAUUUUAUCAAACAUGCCCUUUUAACCUUUUGGACUUCUUGUUUUAUUUUGUAAUACCUGGCUAGUGUGUGUGUAUAUGUAUGGAUAUGUAUGUGUAUAUGUGAAGCAGAUGUACUGUUGCGACUUAAACUCCACCUCAUGAUUGCUCAGUCACCAAGGCUCAAAGGACCACUACAGUGACAGGAAAACAUACUAAUUUUCCCGGCACUAUAGUGCCCUGAGGGUGCCCCCACCCUCAGGGUCCCCCUCCCGCUGGGCUCUGGGGAGAGGAAGGGGUUAAACUUACCCCUCUCCAGCGCCGGGUGGGGAGCUCUCCUGCUGUUCGGCUGAAUGCGCAUGCGCGGCAGGAGCUGCGUGCGCAUUCAGCCAGUCUCAUAGGAAAGCAUUCAAGAUGCUUUCCUAUGGACGCUUGCGUCUUAAGCACGCAAAUGCCUCUAACGGCUGUCAAUGAGAGCCACUAGAGGCUGGAUUAACCUAUUAUUUAUAAACAUAGCCGUUUCUCUGAAACGUACGUGUGUGUGUGUGUGUGUGUGUGUAUUUAAAAAAAAAAAAAAAAGGGGGGAGGUUAACCCUAGCUGGGUGCCUAUUGUGAUCCUUUUAAAAUACAUUAAACUUAAUUCUUUGCAGCUUGUCUCUGGUUUCAGAAUAGAUUUAUAAGGCAUACUGAACUACCGGUACCCACAAAACUAGCUUCCAGUCUUUUGCACAAAGUAUAGUCUAGCUUGCGACUAUUGGUGUUUCAAUGAAUAUCCCCUGGUGUCUGAGAUGUUGAACGCAUGAUAAAUGGCCUAGGAUGACAGAGUGCCACCAAAACACAUUUCUCUAUAGAAGAGAAGUUGACAGUAUGAAAAUGGUAACCAAAUGAAUAAUCUAAGAACAAAAAGUUAUAUUUAAUAUAAAAGCAUAAUUAUUUUUUAUUUUUUUUAAAUACCCUUUACUUGGUAAUUCUUGUGCAGGGGUAGGCUUAGGCAACAUUUGGAACUCUGGAUGUUUUUAAAAUCUUACCCCUGACUAAGGCACUAUAUUGUUAGAAAUACAAAUAUGUAUUUCUAACUCUGUAGUGUUUAAGUUUUUGUCUAAACUUAUAUUACCAGAGUCUUCAUUGCAUUUUUGUCACUUUGUGCCAAUUGAUUGCACAACCCUUUACCAUUAAACGUUUGUUUUUACAAUGCUUGCGGAACAUAAUUAAUGUAUUGAGUAACUAUCUCAAGGUUUUCCUGCAUGUACAAUAAAAGAAUACAAAGUAGUCCUCAUGGAUCGCUGUUUUAAAACACCCUGAUCUUACAUGAACUUGAGUCAUUGUUUAAAUCUUUAAAGCCUUUUUGAAUAAUGGUAAGAUUAAUACCUGAGUGAGGUUAAAGGACCACUCUAGGCAGCCAGACUGCUUCAGCUUAAUGAAGUGGUCUAGGUGCCAGGUUCCUCUAGGAUUAACACUUUUUUUUUUUUAGAGAAACUGCUAUGUUUAUAAAUGGGUUAAUUCAGACUCUAAAGCCUCUAGUGGCGUUUGCGUGCUUCUCACUGUGCAAAUCAGUGAGAAGACGCCAGCGUCCAUAGGAAAGCAUUAUGAAUGCUUUCCUAUGAGACUGGCUGAAUGCGUGCGCAGCUCCUGCCCCGCAUGCGCAUUCAGCCGAAGAGGAGGAGAGCUCAGCGCUGGGGGAAAAGGGUAAGAUUUAACACUUUCCUCGCCAUCCAGCCUAGCGGGAGGGGGUCCCUAAGUGUUUUCCUGGCACUAUAGUGGUCAUUUAAUCAUUACAAAUAUCCAUUGCAUUGCUCAGAGUAUACACCCUUCCUGAUUAACUUGAUUUCUAAAAACAACUUUAAAUGCCAAUGCAAAUUGUUAACCUACGUAAAAGAUCUAACUAUAAAAUCAAUCUUCCUCUAUCAUAGUAAUACUACCCCAUAUUUCCCUGCUAAAAGGGGUAGAAUUAUCUUUCAAACGUGAGGUCAUUAUUUGUUUUAUGCAAAAAAUUUAAAGGACGCUGAAUUACAUCAGUCAUGUCUGAUGGGUUUUCAAGAGGAUUUUCAAGGGAUUGUACAGUGAAGUCUAUACAAAGAUCUGAUUAACAACAAGCUUGAUAUGUGGCACCAAAUGAAUAUUCAUAUGGGCCCAUUAUUUUCCAUUCUAGAAGGUCUGGAACUUGAGCUAUAUUUGGAAUUGCAUAUUGGUCAUUUUUUGUUUCAUGGCUUCACAUUUAGUUUUGUCAGCAGAGUUGUUUCCUCUCUUUAUGGGGGUGUAUAUUUUUGAAUAACAUGCUUUUGAUCAUGUUGGGGACCUUGACCUACCUUUGCAUGACUGCUGUUCUAGUAAUACAGAUCGUAUAGUACUGGCUGUAAGUUUGAACUAUACCAGGAGUUAGAAGGGUGUUUUAUGUAUACCAAGGGUAUAGAACGUUCACUGUGAAAAUUUUCUCCAACAUCUGAAAAAUUUAAAUCUCAGGCAGCAAGCUUUUCUGUCAAAUUUCUCUGUUGGUUCAUCUGCCUAGAUGCUUAUUAAAGGGGAACUGCCAAUUCUCUGGAAAAUAAGCAAUUGCCUAAAGUAUGAAACCUCCUCUAUUACUGGGGUUAACUUUUUAAAGUGUGAGGUUCUGUUUUCUUUUAAAAUGUAUAUUAAAGAUUAAGUGAAAUGACAAUCCAGUGCAGUACAGGCACCACCAUGGCACACAUUGCAAAUGAGGAGGACAGAAACCUAAUUUUGCUUUCUCUUUAAACUAUAUUCAUUGGUAGAAAAGGUCAUCAUAUCAAAUGGUGAUGGACAGGGAGCAAAGAUAAAGUAUGUAGUUCAAGGACAAAUGUGUGGAAAACAAAAACUUUUAUUUUAGUGGGGUGUGUUUUUUUUUUUUUGUUUUUUUUUUUUUUUAUUUUUUUUUUAAACACUGGUUUUAUCACCACUUUGAAGAGAGGAGCUAAUUUUAUAGUUUGACUAGACAACCAUCUAAUAAACUGCUACAUCCUGGUGAGGAGACACAAAAUGACUGCAAUGAAUCAAACAAGGAAGUCAAAUGUUGGUCUUGACCAGACAAUUCCAUUACAUAGCAAAUAAUCACACUUUACUCUUCAAACAUUGAAUGUCACAUGGCAUUUACGAACAGCUGACUUGUUGAUUUUAUUGUUCCAUUCAAGCUUUUUAGCUAAAGUGGAUUUGUUCCAUAGACAACUCAAUGUGUCUAAUUAGGAAAGUGACAAUUUCCUGUAAGAUUAUAUCAGUGCCUAGGUUUACCAUGUAGUAAUAUAUGUGCUGUUUGCAUUAUUAAGCAGUCUAUUGCCUUUUCAAUUUUAGCUUCCCCCUUCUUUUUGGGGGCACUUCCUUUUCAAAAGCUUGGCGUCCAUCGGUUUUGAAAUUUAAACAGCCAAACGACUUUUUGCACCUCUUCUCUGGACAUUUCCAUUUGCCUUUUUUAUGCUGUGUGGGGAGGAAUCCAGUAGGAAAAUAGAGCAUAAACAUGAGGACUUUGCAUUUAUGCAAUGACUUGGCUGAAAUUUAAGUUCUAAGAAAACUGUAUAUGCAUGUACUGGAGGUAAUAUGCUCAUGACAAGUAGUGCUACAUUAAAUGUGCAUUACUCAUCUAUUUUUGGGUGCAAUAAUAGCAAAGCAAAUUACACCCUGCUUAAUCAAACCGGAAAAUCUGUACUGUUUGACAUUUUAUGCGACAUUAGAAUUCUGCAGAUUUCUGCAAUCUUGGUGUUCAUUAAUGCGUGAAAUAUCAGCAAUUCAAAAGGCAUUUAAAAUUUUAAGCCAAAAUAGUCCAACUUAAAAUAUAGCUGACAUGGCAUUUUUGUAGUUUUGCAAUUUCAGAAUAAACUCACAUUGAAUUUCUGACAUUUCACACUUUGGUGGAGAAACAAAUUUCCAAUUCUUGGUAGGAAAGUCUACUCCUCUCUGCCAAAAUUGUAUAUUUGUUUGUUUGUGCUGCACAGAGUGCAGUGGGGAGGCAAAUUAGAAAAUGUAUAGUCCUGAAAAUGCUAGUUGGGGUUUUUCUUCUCCUUUUCUCCAAGAUUAUAACUACCUUCCGUUAUAGUGACCUCUAUUCACAUUUGCGGUUAAAAGUUAAAUCUAGUUGGCUUAUCUUGUUUCCAGCACCAAAACAUCACUGUUGCAGCUGCCCAAUCUGCCUCUGUCUUAGUGAGCAUGCUGAUGUUUUCUCGUAGAGAAGCAUUGAGGUUGAGAAGUGCAUGCACAAUAAAGGUUUCGCUUGUCCAAUCAAAUGUUCUGUGAGAAACUUUGAGCAGUUUGAUUUAGUUAUUGCAACGAAAACACAAUCUAGUGUGUCAGAAAGACAGUCACUUUUACCUCUAUUUAAUUUUAGCUUCAUUCAAGAAAUAGAACAUACAAAAUGGGUGUGUUUUUUUUUUUUUUAUUUUUUUAUUUUUUUAUCUGCAAGUUGUGCAUACUUUUUCAUUCCAUGUAUGGCUAACCAUGAAAUUACAUUUUGUCUUGUUCCUUUUCAAAUUCCAAGCCAUAUUACUUGCAUAAAAGCUGUUAUUUGCAAUUUCUCGAACUCAUUCUAGUUUUCUCAAAACCCUUGUUGCUGUCAAAGGAGUCUGGCAUGCAUAAAAUUGGUGACACAAAGUAAAGGGGCAGAGAAGGUGCAAAAUAAACCAAUUUAAUCUCUUCCAUGCCAGUGAGGGCUGUAUUGCUAUGCAGGAAUUGCUAGGGGUAUUUUUUUUUACACUUUUUUUUGGGGGGGGGGGGGGGGGGAUGUAUGGAGCAUGACACUUAUCUAAAUCCUACAAUAUUCUUUUUCACAAAUGUAUAGCUGAGAAAAUCAACAAAGACCAACUCCAUUUAAAUUGGUUCCCAAUUAUUUUUAGGUUUGUUACCGUAAUUUACAAUUGGAUCACUUAUUUAUAGUAUAAACACAGCCAGGUAUAAACUGAAAGAUGUAAAGAAAAAUAAGCAAAGAUCUCAGAGAUAAAUACCUAUACAAGAGAAUAUAAAAUGGUAGUACUAGAAUUAAUAUAAGGAGUACAGGUAUGACAGAUUGUGAAAUAAGAUUUUACAAGAAAGUUCUGUCUGUUCUGUCAUUCCGUGACUAACUCUUAUCACUGUACAACUGGAAAAUCUACAUAUGCACAUUGUUAAUCAUCCCCACUGAUAAGAUGAAAUGUCCAUUUGCAGUUAAAGAAAUUUAAAAAUGUGUACACAUGACUCUCUAAGAGGAGCAGAAUUGGUUCCUGUGGAACUUUUAAAUUUCAGAAUUGGCGUUCUCGUCUUCAUGCAACUGUAGCAAUAGAAGAUGACUGGAUGAGGGAGCACACCUGUUUGGUCACAGUGAAGGUUGCUCAGAUUUCAUGCAGUCACUUUGAUCUUAUACUGUAAAAAUAUCCAUUAUCAACCCUUCUCCCCCCAAAAAUUAUUUUGAACGAUAUCUAACUUUUUUAGUAAAUUCAUACCCUGUUAAUAAUGCCAGAAACUCUGGAUUUUGAAUGCGUUUUACAUCGUGAUGGGGUGUACAUGUACUGAAAUAUCACUUUUAUAACCCAUUUUCCUUACACUAGAUGAGUAAACCACCCCUCCCCCUUGGGUUUUAAAUACGAUUAGCGUAGAGUCAAAUAUUUUCUGCUGAAGCCAUGUAGAUUUUAAAUGCUGUUUUGGUUGCUCUCUACAGAAUGUAGUAAAAAUGUCUUGUAAAUUUGCAGGUAGUGGCUUCCCAGCAUGAAUCACAGAACUCACGUGACUAAUUUAUAAACCAUGGCACAGCUAAAGCGGUCUUACCGCUCACUCGUUAAUUGUGUUUUGCUAAUUAUGUAAAAUGGCUGGUAUUAAAACGCCACUUGACUCGAAAUCUGAUUUUUAACAGAACACUCCCAUUUAUUUUUUUUUCCUAGAAUAGCUUUGCUGGUGGUUAAAUUAAAUGACAAUUAGAAUGCCAAUGCAUUCUACGCUAUUUAAAAUACUAGAUCUGACAUGCAUGGGAGACUUUGACCGUUUUCUUCUCAAGACUUUACCUUCUCAUUACGUGGACUUUUGUAACUCUAACUUUACAGUUCCAUGGGGUUUUUAUUGACUUUGCUAGUUGAGUACAGUUUAUGAUGAAAAGUUAAUUAUUAGCCACACUGAUUAAAUCAUAACUUCUGUGACAUUAACAGUGGAGUUAACAUUUAAUUUGCAAGGUAUGUGAAAUGGUUUAACAAUCCAUUGUGAUAUCACUGGAUUUGUGUCGUAUCUACACAUGAAGGUCUUCAAAUUUAUGAAGAAUGAGUGGCAGUGGUAAACUGACUGUUCAGUCUCUUAUCUGAUGAGCCACAUCACUGAUUCAUGAGUAGUGGCUUGUAUGACCAGGAACAAAAGAAAAUCAAGCAUAUUCUCCCAAGUUUCACUUCUGAAUGACUGCGGUAAUGCAUAAAAAAAAAAAAAAAAAAAAUUAGCUAAUACUAGAAGGACUUUUUUGUGUACCAAUCUCUGUAUAUAGCAAAUAAAUAGGCCAGGAAAUCUGGAACAAAUUGUUCUUUUUUUGAUCCACCCUCUUGUAUUGUCUUAAAGGACCACUAUAGCGCCAGGAAAACAUACUCGUUUUCCUGGCACUAUAGUGCCCUGAGGGUGCCCCCACCCUCAGGGUCCCCCUCCCGCCUGGCUCUGGAAGGGGGAAAGGGGUUAAAACUUACCUUUUUCCAGCGCUGGGCGGAGAGCUCUCCUCCUCUCCGCCUCCGUUCCGCCCUGUCGGCUGAAUGCGCACGCGCGGCAAGAGCUGCGCGUGCAUUCAGCCGGUCACAUAGGAAAGCACAGUGAGAAGCACGCAAGCGCCUCUAGUGGCUGUCAAUGAGUCAGACACUAGAGGGAAUAGGGGAAGGCUUAACCCAUUUAUAAACACAGCAGUUUCUCUGAAACUGCUAUGUUUAUAUAAAAAAAAAAAGGGGGGUUAACCCUAGAAGGACCUGGCACCCAGAUCACUUCAUUAAGCUGAAGUGGUCUGGGUGCCUAGAGUGGUCCUUUAAGUUGCUAUACCACAAAGGAAAACAAGUCUUCAUGUAUUCUGUGUGUGUGUGUGUGUGUGUAUGUAUAUAUGUAUAUAUAGUGUGGCAGGAAUAGAAAUGUAUGUUUUUGUGUGGGUUUUUUUUAAAUGUUAUAUAUUUUUUUUUUUUUUUGUCAAGUUUUCUGUUAGGAUAUUUUAUUACAAAGUUUUGAUGUCAUGAUUAGAAAACUGGUAAUGGUGCUAUGGGGGGCGGGGGUCUCUGCCCCACACCCCUCUUUAAGUGCUCCUUAAUAACCUCUUUUCCAUGUGCCAUACAAAAUCAAAAACUUUAUGCUGGCUUAUUCAGUAUUCAGAUGUAGAGCAGACAUAUGGAGGCAUAGAGGAUUACUAUUCCUCCCCCUUUUGAGAGGGAGGACCUCUCUGGCAUAAUAUGGUCUUCUGUUGGGGAGGUCUCUUCCCCAUAGUACCUCUCAAAUGGUAGUGAAACCUGGAAAAAGGUUUGCUUGCCUUGAAUCCAGUGCUGGGACAAGCCCCUGCUGCUGAUCUUCCAUGCCCCCCUCCAACGUCACUUGUGCCGCAUGCAGCCCAAUCACAGGCUUCUCAUAGAAUACAUGUGCUCCGGGCUGGUGCGGAUGGAGGGUUUGGUCAGAUUUUAUGUAUUUCUUUUAAGUGCAUGAUGAGAGGGGAGCGCUAGCCGCAGCUCUGCCUACAAGAGGAAGACUUUAAACAUCUGUCUGCAUGUAGUGCGUCAAUUAUGCACCGCAUUGACAUUGGAAAGCCAAGUCACGUGUCAUGGCAUUUCUGUAAACCCUGCACAUACUGACUCCUGCAACUGUGGUCAUGGUGGUUGGAGUAACCCUGUAAGAUUGUCUAUGGUGAAACAAGACGUUGAGGUUCUCAGACUAAUAGUAUUUAGUCAUGCAUGGUUUACUAAAAACCCAUUUGGCACUAUAUGUAUGUAUUCAUUAUUGGUAUUGUAACUUUUAUAUUCAUGAGAAGGGUCAAACAAUUUCCUCUAAUAGUUUUCCCUGUUAUUUGCCCACUUGAAAUUUCCAACCCAGUUGAGUAGUAUACUUAUGUUGUGUGAAAUUUUUUUUUCUUUUUUUUUUUUUUUUUCUCAAUAGAUACGGGAGACAGAAACCAUGGACCGAAGAGGAUUUUAUGAAGAUAUUGAAGCCUCUGGAAAUUAUGAUGACGAUGAAGAUAUUGAUGAAAGCACAUAUACCACAGACUCCAAAGAUUCUGAUGAUUAUGAUUCUUAUGAGUCAUCUGGUUCUGGCGAUUCAGGUAUUUUUUUUUUUUUUUUCUCAUAUCAUCUCUGAGCCAAGUCGCACAUACAUUUUUAAUUGUCCGACUUAAACGUAGUGAACAAUCUUAUAUUGGUUUAUGUUAUAGCCUUUGCAUUUGAUUUGUUCUAUAAGCUGCUCCACUCAUACCCCUGGCUGGAGCACAGCAGCAUUCUUUUCGAUUUCUCAAAUCAACUGAGAAUCUAAUCCUGGUUUUACCUUUUCAUUACAAAUGAGCAUUAUGUGAGGGAGUCCUUCAAAUUUGUGUAUUUUUAGUGUAAUCUCUAAAAUUUCAGAGUGGUUUGAUUCCCACGCAGAAUGCUCCAUUUAAAUUGCUGCAAUACACAUUGAAGCAGAUUUGCUUUAUAAAUGCACUGCAAAAUUACACAAGGUGUGGCAAAGGGAGGCCUUGAAAAACAAGAUUUUAUUGUAGGGAAAAGCUGUAUCUAAAAUAAACAUGUUUUCUCUUGGGUUCCUAAUAUGCAUAGCCUCGGACUGCCUUUAUUAUAAACUAACUUUCUGCAUUUUAACUUUUUUAUUUAUUUAUUUUUUUUAAAUGAAACCGGAAAUUGCUUAGAUGUAUAGUCUUCUGUUGUAUAACACUGUCAACAUUUUAGAAAGUGUGUUGGUCAAUUUAGUAAUGCAAUUUAUGUAAUUGGUGCAAUAGUUUAAGAAUGUGUACGGUGUGAUUCUGACCUUUGUGUUCAGAUGUGACAACAGAACUUUAUGGAGCUAUAUCAAAACGAGGCAUCCUUAACCCACCAUGACACAACACUGUCCCAUUCUGUAGUGUGUUAAAAUGGCUACAGUGUUCAGAAGCUAUCGAAUGUACUAAUAAAGUGGAACUGCCCCUUCUGUUAGAUAUAUUUGUCUGUCAUCCUCAUCAGGCCAGUCCACAUAUUAAUAUAACAAAUGCAUCUCUAUGAUUCUGGUUGCAGCCCCAUGUAAAAAUUCCACAGUAAAUUCAGGAUCCUGUUCAAGAACUGAUUUUUUUAAUUUUUUUUUUUAUCCUCUUGCACAUAGCAUGUAGGAAACCUUACUUAAAUAUUGGCAAUAACCAGUCAGGAAAAUGAUUUAAAAAAAAUAAAUAAAAUGGAAUCUAAGCAAGAAUUAUUUUUAUUAUAAAAUUUUUCAUAUAUUGUUUUCCCCCUCUCUUCCCUUUUUUUAUUUAUUUUUCUUGUAGAUGAAGAGGAAUCCACUGUGGACAUAACUGUAAGUACAUUUUUCUUAAGUGUAAUCUUUUACCUUUUUUAUUUAAAAAAAGUGGAUGGUAGUGUUGAAGUAGGCUCAUAGCAUUCGCUUUGCGAUUUGCAUACCUGGUUGUGUUUGUGGCUACCUUUCCAUUUCCUUUAGGUAUCUAGAAGGGUUUGAUCUGACCUCCUUCUCGGUCUUUAACAUCUUUGUAUUUUGUGAUUUGUAGACUACUUUGGAUAACAGAAUUCCUGAAGAUGACAUAAUGCCAAAGGAUAAAAAUGACUAUGAUGUGAGCGACACCAAUGAUAUAAUUAUUCCAAGGAAAACAAGUGAUCAGGGGAAUCUUGAACCAUCAAAUGAAAUCUCAAUGGCAAGCACUGGUAACGGAGGUUUCUUCAACAGAAAAGAAGUUGUGGUUGGUAAGAAGUAAUUUUUGUAAAUGUAUUUUAUAUUUUUUUUUGUUUUGUCCUGGCCUCAAUGGUAUCAAUCUAUUAAUAAUAAAUAUGUUCAAGAGUCUACUAACAAAGUGUUUGUUUAGUUUUGUCUAAGAUGUUUGGUUCCUUAUUUCCUGUGCAAAUCUGAAUGCCUUAGUUUCAAGAACUUGGCUUCAUUCUACUGUGCUUUUUUAAAACUGAGGUUAUCAUGCAUUUUCAUUAUGAAUUUUACAGCUGCUUGUGGUAUUAAAAUACCAUUUUAAUAUCACUCUGGUCCAUCUAAUUUAACAAAUAAUUAGACUAAUACUCUGCAGCAUAUGUAAAUGGGUAACACACUACCUACAAUGAAGCACAACACAAUAACACCCCAUUUACAAAUAAGCACACAAAGACUCUAUUAUAAACAAAGCGUAAAGUUUGCAGGUAUAGCAGUCUAGCUCAUUAACAUAUAAAAACUAUGUAGUCUGAAGCAAGAGGACACCUAUCCUUGUUCCUAACAAUUGCAUUACAAGAUGUUACCACACUGCUUCUAUUGCUACACCUUGUGUUUAGUCUGUUGCAUGUGUGUUUAUUUGUUUAUACUGACACUGUUUACUUUUUGUCUCCAGCUCUUGUCGCAGGUACACUUGUUGGCCUAGUAUUUGCAGUGUUGAUAAUCGUUGUCUUGGUUAUGCGUCUGCAAAAGAAAGAUGUAAAUGGCUGCGAUUCUGUCAAGAAACCAAUCUACAAGAAGGCUCCAACAAUUGAGGCAUAAACAACCCUCAUUCUGAUGAGACUGAUAAAAGCAUUUGAAAGCUGAGAUUCUUGUCUUAUUACAAAUGCAUCCAUGUUCCUGAUAUCGAAGUGAUUUUUACAAAAUCUUUUAUGACAGUUUGACUAAAUAUCAAAAAGCAUACGCUGGUCAUAACAUCUUAAAACACAAACAUUCCCAGGUUUUGUUUUUUUUGUUUUUAUCCAGAGGUACUUGUGAAAAAAAGCUCCAUACACUAAGUUAAGAAGGACCCUUUGUGCCCCCACCCAUACAUAAACACUAAUUCGUAUAGGUUAUGUGUAAUUUAAUGGUCACUGUACUGAAACGUUUUUUUUUUUUUUUUCUUGCAUUCUGCAGUAGGCCAAUAUAUGAUGUAUACCUGGUAGUAUACACGAGUUGCUCUGAAAAUGCUCCUGCUUGCUUUCUUGUUUCAGGGAACAAAAUAACCAGCUACAACUUUUUUAUUUUUUUAAUCCAGGCAAAAUAAGGAGCAAUGUACACAAUCCAAUAUGUAACGGUACUAGUUUGACAAAUACAAAUCUUCUUCUAAAAGCCAGUAUAGCAUCUGAAUAGGUACCAGGUGUUUUUCAUAUUUAAAUUUUUUUUUUUUUUUUUUUUUUUUUACUUUACAAAACUUUUUAAAAAUUCCACAUACUUAAGAGCUGGCAUAGGCAACAUUCAGCACUCCAGAUGUUUUGGACUACACUUCCAGGAUGCUUUGCCAGCAUUGUGGGGGAUGUAGUCUACAACAUCUCGAGUGCUGAAGGUUGCCUACCCCUGCUUUAGAGGUUACAAAGUAUUUACUGUUGGCAAAUACUGAUCCAUUUUGAGGCUCUCACUGCAGAAUUUUUUUUUUUUUAUUAUUUACUCCCCCCCCCUCCCCCAUCAAAUAGUAGCAUUAUGUAAUCUUUAUCGGUACAUUUGAAAUUUCAGUGUAGGAAUUUAUACCAUUGAUACACUUACAGUUUUGUUGCUUCCUGUCUAGUGAAUGCAUGAGUGCUGCUUUUAUUUAUUUUUUUUUUAUUUUAUUCAGAUGGCUUCAAAAAAUAAGCUUUUAUUAAAAAUUUUCCUAAAUUUGAUUCUUAAAGUUCACAUGUGCCUUUAUUUUUUUUAUUUUUAUUUUUUGUAUAUAGUACUACAAUAUAAUUUGGUACAUCUGGCAUUUGUAUGGGAAAAAUAGAAUUGUAAUAGAAACCUUAAAAUCUUCUUUUUAAAGAUGUUUGAGGUUAAACAGUCAUAGUUUAAUGAACAUGUUUUAAUUUGGUAUUCCCUUUUUUAAAUAGUAAUUAAAUACUAGAUUUACCAUAUCUUUUAAUAUCGCCGUUUGUAGAAAUAUUUUUGGUUUUGUUUUUUUAAUAAAAUUCUACUUUUUUAAUUUUUUUUUAUAUAUAUAUUUAACUUUUCAGGUUUUAUCUUGCAUCUACCCUUUUAUGUAUAUAUGUUCAGCUAUGUGUUUUUAUUUUUUUUUAUUUUAUCAAGGGCAUUCUUCUGAGAGGGCAGUUAAUAAAUAUUACUAUUUUUAUAUUUUCCACUUUGUUUUCAUUGCAUACUGGUUACUUUUGUAGACUGUUCACAUCUUCAGAUUAUCAAAUACCUGUGUAAAAUUUCAAUGUAGCAGCUAUUAAAAUAUUUAUAUUACACAAA